GCUCCUCAGCCCCGUGGAGCUGAUCUGUUGUUCCCAUACAGAGAGAGAGCAGCCAGGAGGACAACCAGACGGACUGUUGGAUUAGAGCGACUAAAGAGAAAGUGCUGUUUUUAAAAAAGAAAAGUCUUCUUCGGCUCCAACUUUCUUCUUUUCUUUUACUCGUCGCGCUUUCUGCUGAUGUGUAAUCGGUUUCUGCGGUGUGGUGGCGCUCAGACCGGUAUGGAUUUACCAAAGACUAGACGAGACACGCCGUCUAGUCCUCCACCAGAGUUGUGAUUGUCAUCGCUGCCUCUCUCAACAGCAGCAGCAGCAGCAUUCAGGAGACGCGCUCAACUUUUUACGCAGCAUUUGUGUAAAAGUGGUGACCACAUGUGAGGAGGACAUUUGGAGACACAUAUUGUUUUAUCGGAGCGUCUUUUCUCUUCGCUCUCUACUCUGAAUCUCUCAUGGGGUGGCCCACAUAGAGCUCCUCAGACGUGACUGUGGGACAGGCGGUCCUCUCUGUCCUCUCCUUAAAGUCAAUGAUUAUCGGCUGAGACGCUCUGCACAACUCCACUGUGUGAAUGAAUCUUUGCCGUAAAGCUGCUGUGCUCUGCCACCCCGUCACCAUGAAGAGCAAGUAUUCCCAAUACUACAAUCAGAGUCUGAUCCGCACCCACUAUGCCUUUGCUAAGAACAUGACCGACCAGCAGGUGGAGGCAAUCAAGGUAAUUAAAAAGGAUCUCACCACCCUCAACAUCGUCAUCGUGGUCCUCUGCACAUUCAUCAUCCUGGAGAACCUGCUGGUCCUCAUCGCCGUCUGCCGCAACAAGAAGUUCCACUCCGCCAUGUUUUUCUUCAUCGGCAACCUGGCGUUCUCUGACCUGCUGGCCGGCUCGGCCUACAUAGCCAACAUCUUCCUAUCAGGGUCCACGACCUUUGACCUGAAGCCUGUGCAGUGGUUCAUCCGGGAGGGUACGGCAUUCAUAGCUCUGUCAGCUUCAGUCUUCAGUUUGCUGGCGAUAGCUACAGAGCGCUACAUCGCCAUCACCAAAGUCAAGGUGUACGGCUCCACCAAAACGUGCCGCAUGUUCCUCCUGAUAGGAGCGUGUUGGUUCACCUCCAUUCUGCUCGGAGGACUUCCCAUCAUCGGCUGGAACUGCAUCGACGACCUCCCUGAAUGCUCCGCCGUGUUGCCGCUCUACUCCAAGAAAUACAUCCUGUUUGUUUUCACCAUUUUCAGCCUCUUACUACUCUCUAUUGUCAUCCUCUAUGUGAGGAUCUAUUUGAUUGUACGCUCCAGCCAACAGGAAGCGACCAACUCACCGGCCUUUGCCCUUUUGAAAACUGUCACCAUAGUGCUGGGUGUCUUCAUCAUGUGCUGGCUGCCCGCUUUUAUCAUCCUCCUCCUGGAUUCAUUGAGCACGAUACAAUCCUGCCCCAUCCUCUCCAAAGCAGACCACUUUUUUAGCUUUGCCACUCUGAACUCAGCGCUUAACCCGGUGAUCUACACGCUGCGCAGCAAGGACAUGAGGAAGGAGUUCCUGCGUGUGUUGUGCUGCUGGGGGGUGCUGCAAAGCGGGCGGCCGUCUGACCGUUGUCUGGUCCCGCUAAAGAGCUCCAGCUCUCUGGAACACUGCACCAACAAACACGAACACCAGACCAUACCAAUCAUGCAAGAUUGUACCACCUGUGUCUGAUACGGUGCAAACUCAUCAGAGUGUGAGUGUGAGUGUGAGUGUGUGUGUGUGUGUGUGUGUGUGUGUGUGUGUGUGUGUGUUUGAGAGAGAAAGCAUGUGUGUGUGUUCAAGAAGAGAGGCCGUGAUGUGAUGGAGAGAUGAAAAAAAAAGAAGCGAGCACACCCUGGACUGAGAGGCCUGGCAAGGCGACAGUACAAUGCAGACUUGUUCUUAUUACAAUCAAAAUUGUGUGAAUUCACAAUCAAUCGACUGCAGCAGGUGUAAAAACACAACUUUCAAGAGGGAACCAAUUCAGUUGGUGAGAACUUUCAGAAAUGUGAAAACAGCUUUUUCAUGGGUACUCUCAUUAAUUAAUAUGGAGUUGCAAACCAUUUUCAUGUAUAUGCCUGUCAUCUUGUUUUUCUUUCUAAACAUGUAAACCCCUAUUAAUUAAAAGCCAAAAAUAGAAACAUAACAUGCAUAGUUAUGGUGAGUUGUUAAGGUCCUUUCAGGAACUGCAUCAAUGCAAAGUGUGCAAGAUGUAGAUUACUUCAGAGAUUGUUGUCUUUAGUAAGGUCAAACCACAUUACUCUCCUUUACUGAUAUAUGCGUACACUCGUUCUUUACAGAGCUGGAGACAGCACUGCACUCCACUGAAGCCAAAUUACCACGAGUACUCCCUCAAAAAAAAACAGGGCUAUAUAUUCCCUAUAUAACCUUGCUUAAACCAUUUGAUUAACUACAACAAACCUACAUAAUCUGCUUACAUUUAAUGCAUGAAAAUCUAACUUAUUUGUAAGUGCUAAUGUAUGUAUGAUAUAUUCCAGCUCCAGCUUCCAUCACUAACACCCCUUCCCUCAUUCAUCCUCAUAAUCUGUCCCUCUUGCUUUUACUGUUGUCUUUUGUAUCUUAACAGUUUCCGUGGAGGAAGGCCUAAUCAGAACGCACAUUUCCUGAAGUGAGUUGGCACUGAUGCGUUUUAUUCAAUGACAGCUGUCCAGCAGCUUUGACUAAUGGGGCAGAUGUCCUGACAGUGUUGUAGCAGCGCAGCAGCAAUGUGCUGUCUCUGUUUGUGCCUUCCUCUUGGGGAAUUAGGCUGAAUGUAUGUAUGAAGUGUUUGGGGCAGGCGCUCCGUUGUUGACAGUAUUAUUGAUCAUCAUUUUUUAAUAACCAAGUCAUUGACGAGCAGAGAGUGGGAUGAACAGGGUCGGUCACUCUCACUGUGAAGUCUUAAAUAGCACCAUGAACAAAUAAUGUGCUGUGAACAUCCUGGUUUAAUUUGCUAGCCAUAUGCCUUGAGCAGCUGUAAGAUGUAAACACGUCUCAUCUUUCCAAAGACCCCUCACCUCCCUACAAAAUAGGAGAAGAUCCGGUUUCAAAUCCACAGGGGGGAUCUGCCCUCCUUGGAGGUCACCUUCAUCCUCAAUCUCUGACAUCCUACGACAUGUAACUUCCUUCAGCCACAGGAAGUCCUGUUUCUCAUUGUCCGGUUCCUGUUGUUCAGGGUUACACUAACCUUCUUCAUUUAGACACACAUUUACAACUCUUCUCUCCCUCAGUGUUUUUUUUAUAUUGACUUUUACAUUUAGAUGACCAAGUAGAAAUGGUGAAAAGCACUUUGGCAGCUUCAGUGAUGUUCGCUUUCCCCCAGUUUUUUCAGACGGAGAGGUGUUUUAAACUGUGUACCUGUCACUUCAUUGUGUUGCUUGACUCUGUGAUGUUUUAUAAUAAAUACAUGAAAAACUAUGUAUGUUUGUAUGUAAGUAUGUAUGUAUUUUUUGUACAGUAUGUAUGAUUUGUGUUGUAUGAAAUGUCUCGUGUGCAAUAGCCUUUUGUGUCCAGUAGCACGCUGCCUGUGUUAAAUCGGUACAAUCUGAAACACUAAUGUAGGUACAUAAACUUUUUGUUAAUUGCAUUCCCUUUUUUAUAAAAUAAAUGAAAUACUGAAAGAA